AUGUACAUCGAAGACGACUUGGAUGAUUCCUCAAAUCUGCCCCCGUCAUUGCUCGAUCUGUUGUCCAACUCCCUGGUUCUCGACCAUAUUGUUCCAUACUUGCCACUGUCCAGCGUCUUCUCUCUCGCCAGAUCAUCCCGCUCGUUCCGCGACCUACUGCUCAAGACCCCAUCAGUAUUCCGCUCUGUCGACUUGUCGAAAUGCAGUGGAGCAUAUGUUCCUCCAGGUCUCCUGACCAGGAUCGACUCAGGCGGUCAUUCUUGGCGUGCUGAACGUAUCGACGAAAACCUGACUGAGGACGAGUUCUAUGCGGGCCCGCUCCGGGGAGUUCUUUGGAAAUUGCGUCGAAUGCACGUUCUUCAAAGUGUCCAGACUCUUAUUCUCGACAACUUGGCGUCUGUGACCCACGACUUGGUCAGUGAUAUUGUUCUUGCUCCAGAUUAUAACAUUCGAAUCCUCAGUAUCCGACGAUGUGGGAAUAUCAACCAAGCCAAACUACAGCAACUGCUUCGUCACUUGUGUCGACCUAGCCGCCCAGAACGCACACCGCGACUCCAGGGAUUGUACAUUUUCACAGAUCCUUCCUCAAAAAACAAUCAAUCGAUCAACGACCUCACUCUUUCUUCGGGGAUAACGUUUUCGGACGGUGCUCAACUUGGAACCAUUCCUACUGCCCAAUCAAUCUCGAAUUGUGCUACAACAGAUCCGUGGUACUCUCCCACUGGCAAAGUCAUCGAUAAAGGCUUUGGAAAGCGGACCGGCUGGGAAGAAACCUUGCAAGCAUGUUACGGAAUUAUCAACUUUGAUGCCGUUCUAUGCACUCAUAUGCAUGCUGACAUGGAGUCCGUGCUCCACGAGGCUUCCAAAGAAUAUCUCCUAGAACACAAACCCGGAAUUGCCCCGAUGGCUGCGAUAUCUCUAGGUCCUGACGGCUGUGCUGGCUGUGGUCGAAACCCGCAUGAUGCACCUGUCUGGGGCGAAAGCGGAAUCCACGAGUUUCCACUUCUCUGGCCUCCCCCCUCAUCCGCCAAACUUAUCGAUGCUGUCCGACCGCCCUCUCGAUUCUCCGACAAGGGCAAGCCUCUCAAGCAAAGGCUAAUCGUUGCGUGCUCUUGGUGUCUUACUAACCGUCAUUGCGAGAGCUGUCAUCGCUGGUGGUGUGCUGAUUGUUAUAAUCCGAAGAAGUCAAAAAAAUGGAGCGACAUGGAAAGGUUAAGCAGCAUUGGCCUAUCUUAUCUCCCGUCCUUGGAAGAGCUCACGAACGGAGCUGCAAACGACGAUUAUGGCGAACAUAUCAAGGUAUUUAAUGGCCUCUGCGUUCAGAAUUGCCUCGUUGCCGAAUAUAUGGCCGGAGCCGGCGAGGGCGGUAUGUGGGGAUGA